AUGGAAGAUAUAGAUAAAGUUAGUGAAAAGGGAGAUGAUAGCGAUAUUGAUCAAGAUCAAGAAAUAGAUGAUGUUGACGACGAUCAACCAAAUCACGAUUUGUUGACACUCUACAAACAAGGAAUGAUUGCUUCACUGUUUGGAUCGUUCAUACCACCACCAGAUGUUAAGAGCACUCUUAGAGAAUACGGUCAUCCAGAAUUUAGUUUCGAUGCCUACCGACGUGCACUCAAAGAGGUAUCGAUGACUGCAGAAAUCGAUCAAUACCUCCAGGUGUUUCUGAACCUAGAUGAGCCGCUACUCGAGAAGAUUGGCACCGAGCAAUACAAGUUCCCAUUCUGUUCGAACGAGUGGGGCGAAGACGAUGAUGAUGAUGAUGAUGAUGUUGUUGAUGACGAAGACCAAGCAAUAACACUGCAAAUUAAAGAGAGACUUGCUGUUAUUAUCGAAUGGAUUCAAGAGGUAUCGACUCAAUCGUAUCCGCUCUCACAUAUACUGGCGGAGGAAUUCACCAAGCAGACAUUGGAUCCAAGAUCGUUCGAUCUUCAGAAACCACAACCACUUCCAUUCUUGAAUACUGGUGGCGAAGAGAUCGAUAGUCAGUUGACGAUUCCAGGACUUACAACCAAGGUUCCAAUAGGUAUUAUACUUCAAUCGCUACAUUUAAUACCAGAGUACUUUAAUCAGGCAAAGUUGUUAUUAAUGGCAAUCAUUGGUAAUCCACUAUACAAAGUUGUCCUGUGCGACGAGUUUCUCGAAUACUACAAAGAUUUGGAUGCAGAUGUAGACCAAGAUAUCGAAAAUUCCUACAUAAGUUGUCAAAUGUUUGAACUUGCAUCGAUUUUCGUUCCAUUCAAUACCGGUUACUCAAAACACAAUAUCAUUCUUUCGAUUCUGUCAUUAGUUAAAAAGUAUUUAGAAAAAAGAAAUUCAUUUAAUUUAGAUGAUUCAGAGGAGAGAGAAGCUUAUGAUAAGUAUUUAACAAAGCUUCUAGAUUAUCAUUUGCUCGUUCGAUACUUUAAGAACCAACAAGUCACAGAGUAUGCUUUCAAUAAUGAUGUAAUCAUCAAUGAGUACCUCAAAGUUCUAAGUGACCUUCAAGAGAUUGCACCCGUCAGAAGACAGUUAACAGAAGCAUUAGAGUUUGAACUACCUGUCUUACAAUCGAUUGUAAGCCCAUUAAAGUAUAUAACAUCAAUACUUGGUUAUAUUAAUUCUACAAACAAACAAUAUUUUACAUUCAAUAAUUACCUAUUGCCUUCGAAUGAUAUUUUUAAUGGUGUUGAUACUGUAUCGAUUCAUAGUCCUUUGAAUAGAUUGAUUGGUGUUUUAUGGAUGAAUAUGAUCAAUGCUUCCGAUUAUAGCCAGUCAGCAAUCAAAUCAUUGAUCAACAACCAACAAUUGAUAAGUAUUUUCAACCUUUCGAUUCUACCAAUUGUUUUGAUGUCCCAAUCAGAGAAUCGUUUUUGGCAGAAGAAUUUGAACAUACCAGAUGUCGCUACUUUCCAAAAGUGGUCGUUCCAACCAAUCGAUCUUUUCACUCUCCAAUAUUCAUCGAUACUUCUUGGUCCAAAUUACUUUUUGAAUGUUCUCAUCAGUACCUUCACUUCAAACUAUAAAUCAACAAAGGAAUAUCCACAUUGUUUGAAUGAUAUGUUGACAUUAGUUAUUCGAGUACUGCAAUUGAGAAAGAGUUCGAUGACUAGUUAUGAAGAAGUUCGUUACAAUGUCAUUAAUUCAUUGAUUGCCAAAAUCAAUACUCAUUCUAAGAUUAUUGCCACCAGAAAGGAAUUCUUUCUCAGACUUCUCGAUGAAGAGCUGGAGAAAGCAAUCCAAGAAGUUUCAACACCAACGGCAACAACAGAGACCGAAAAGAAACUCACACUGAAAUCUGAGUACUGGGAUCGUUAUGAUUAUUACUACCCAUAUCAUUUACGUAUCACUCCAGAAUCAACACUGGAAUCCUACAAUGAACAUAUCAAGAGUGACAAUUCAACUUUCCCAUUGCCAUGUAAAUUAGAUGCACUUCAUCCAAAUCUAUUGGCAGUCAACCAAUUGUUUGAUGAACCAUUGAUCUACCAGAUUGCAUUCUCAACAUUGUUGUCAUUCGUCCAUCCAAGCUACCAGAUGAAAGUUAAAUUCGAAUCAUUGUCAAACUUUAAGGAUUCUGAAUACUUUAUACCAUCACCAACCAACAAUCAAAAUGAAUUGGAUCAAGCUGCCAACCAUAUUCUCUAUUUAUUGUCGAUGGCAAUGAGAAACUUUAAAGAAUCAACAAUGACUACUCUUCAUUCCGAUGAAGUUUCAAACAUUAGAUCAACUUUCAAGAGUUAUCUAUUGAAUGACAACAGCAACAACAAUCAACAAAUGGAGAAACCAAUUUCAAUUUUGAAUAUUGUUCAACCAUAUCAAGUUAUUGUCGACAGCACUUCAAAUACCAUCAAACCAAUCAGUAUCUUUGAUUUGGUAACUGAUCUAUUUGAAACCAUAGAUUCAAAGAAUAAGUUUGCUGGCAAGAAGAAUUUAAUUUGCAACUUGUUGAUUUCGGUCAAUGAAUUCGAUUCAAGUGUCAAUCAAUAUUUCACCAACCGAAAGAUGUCUAUCGAUGAGGUCGUCAACAUUGAGACAGAAAAAGAAGAGAGAAUCAAGAAGGAGGAAUCACUCAAGAGACAAAUGAUGAUCAAAGAGAAGAUGAUGCAACAACAACUCCAAUUCCUUCAGAACAAUGAACAAUUGGACAAUGAAGAAUCCAACAAUAACGAUACGGAAUCUGACAAUAUUGUAUGUGUUUCCUGUAAGAGUUCACGUAAUUCCAGUUCCGAUCCACUUUGUGCCAUCGGACACUUUGAGGGUAUGGGCGUUACCUCUACCUCCAAAAGACAAACAUUCAUCAAGCACUAUGACAGAAUCGGCCCUGAUAUCGAAAAAGAAUUCUCUACUCUAGGUGGAGUGAUGUUAGCUAAAGAGUUGAAGGAUCAAAAUCACCACGAACUGCUAUACCUAUUCCAACAGAACUUCCCCAUUAAUAUUCGUAUUUGUGAUCAUUACAUCCAUCAAUCAUGUUUCGAAAGCUUCUCUUCAAUAGGAACACUAUUCAAAUGUCCACUUUGCAAUAGAGUUUCAAGCUUUAUUUUGCCCACCGAUAACCAAAGUCGCAACGAAUAUGUGCAAAAGAUUGGUCUUCAACAGAUCGUUGAUUUCGAUAUCACGUACGAUCAGGUUCCGAAAAUCGAAGAUCAAGUUGUUCAGAAGUUUCUAUGGAAGUAUCCACUGGUACUCAUUGAAAUCAUAGAAAUGACUACUCGUCAACUAUGCUAUCUAAACACCGAUACCGAUAAGCCAUACUAUGUAUUCAGUGAGGUUGAAUUCCAGAAAAGAUUGAAAGCACUCAGACUUUUCUAUUUCAAUAUAAUGACAUUUGUAGAGUUGGAGAAUACUGAAGCUUUCGAUCCAUGGUCAGAUUCCAAUGCCGAGUAUGAUCCAUUCAUUUUGGCAACUUACAGUCACUACCUCAACAACAACAACAACAACGACGAUUCCUCAGACUUAAACAUACUUAUUAGAAAAGCAUAUGAACGUUUGAUUUUCUAUGCAUACGGAAGUGCAAUUGACAGAUAUAUUAUCGAAGAACCAGACAAACAGAAGCGAGAAGAAUCAUAUGAAUAUAUUUUGGAAAAAGAAAUACUCGUUACUCACCUCCAAUCAUUACAUUUCCUUUUGUUUGCCACUGGUGACACCGGUAUUUAUCAAAUUCCCCGAGCUUUAUAUUUCCCGUGUGCCAGGAGUUGCUCAAAGUUCCCCAAAGGUGUUUGUUUACAUUGUAGUAGAGUUGUAUGUUAUGAGAAUUGCUGUGACAACGAGUUGGUCAAUCACAACGUUGAUUGUCAACACGGACUAGCAUUGUUGAUGAGUGUAGUUGAACCACAGCUCUCAGUAAAUACCAACAGCGGUAUGAAAGGAAAGAUCAAUAUCUAUUUCAACAAAUUUGGUGAAGCAAGUUCAAAAGUUAAGGAUAAUCUCACUCUAAACAAAGCUGCAUUAAAGAAACUAUAUUUUGAACCAUCAUGA